UAUAUAUAUGCUGAAGUUGAGGAGAAGACCAGGAGAAUACGAAAAUUUUAGACUGAAUUCACUGAAUUGCAUCAGGAUCCGGGACAGGGGGUGCAGGUGCAGGCAACAGGCAGAAACUGCAUGCCGAGGAGAAACCGCCACCGGCGCCACUGCACACGUCUUAUAUGCUUAUAUGAGCAAUCAAACUUAUAUAGUACUGAUGAUAGUGAUGAUACUGAUUUGAAAAUGUUACGGGAAGUGAGAAUACAUCUCAUACUGAGCGCUAUCGGUGUAAUCGUCGGUGUAUCGGCGUUCAUUGUAUUCUUCAUUGCAUACAGUAAUCACGACGUCGGAUUUUGGUCGAUCCUCUCAGAUAUCAAACGUCGAAAACUUAUCACCACAAAUUAUUCGGCGUGUGGCCAAAGAAAUGAGCGAAUUAGCAGCACAACCACCCGAGGGUAUUCGUAUUAUUUUAAAUGAAGAGGAUGUUACAGAUAUUCAAGCUAUUAUAGAAGGACCCUCGGGAACGCCGUAUGCUGGCGGUUUCUUCAGAGUAAAACUAGCUCUUGGCAAAGACUUUCCUCAAGGACCACCAAAAGCAUUCUUCCUUACAAAAAUUUUUCAUCCGAAUGUCGCGAAAAAUGGAGAAAUUUGUGUCAAUACAUUAAAGAAGGAUUGGAAGUCAGAUCUCGGAAUUAAACACAUACUACUAACCGUCAAAUGCCUCUUAAUCGUGCCAAAUGCAGAGUCUGCUUUAAAUGAGGAAGCUGGCAAAUUACUCUUAGAGAGGUACGAUGAUUACUCAGAGAGGGCAAAAAUGAUGACGGAAAUACAUGCACAGGGAGGUGGAAAAGGAAGUAAAGCAGGUCUGGAAAGUUGCACUUCCUCUGAAGUCCCGGGGGGACCACUCCCGAAAAAGCACGCAGGAGAUAAGAAACUAACAGCGGAAAAGAAAAAAAUACUAAAAGACAAGAAGAGAACACUUAAAAGAUUAUAAAACGAGAACAAUAUAAUUUAAUUCUAUCUUUUAUAAUUUAAAACACUGGUGUGGUAAUGUUGCCUCAUUGUACACAAUUAUUGCAUAGUAAAAAUGUAUUAUCAAAACUCGACUGAUCUUAUUAUUAAGUAUUUAGAAAAUUAAUUAUUCUAUAGAACAUUCAAGAUGACUCUUCUCAAGGUACAAACAAGUACAACUUUGUAGUGAUCUACUUUACAAUCAAGAGUGGAAUUUAAUACAGUCCACUCUAUGGUAUCUAUUAGCAGAUAUUUUUACAUACUAUGUACAAAACGAUACCUCGUGUGAUUAUUUAAAUAAAAUAAUGUUCAUCACU